UAUGCACUGUUGCGACUGGUGUGGUAGUGCGUGUAUCGGCGUGUUUCGUGCCGCCCCGUACCAAAGUCAUAAGCGAGUCGACACUAGCACAGCCUACUCAGUUUCGCAGCAAACAUAAACCGCGUCGGACGCGCACCGGACGAGCUUUACGAGGUGGUGUUGCGUUUUUUUUCCACCAACCCCUGGGAACGGAUCUGCCGAAACGGGAAUAGUGACGUUGUGUUUUAGUAGCUUGAUCAAUCACUAGGUUCGAGUGUUCGGGUGCGCACAUUGCAAAGGAACGCCACCACCAAACGGGCAAACAUGAAACUUUCCACCCAUCUGGGCACGGUUGCCCCCCUUCUGCUCCUAACCCUGCUGAUCGUGCCCCACCACGGCACCAACGGCCAAUGCUCGCCGGGCGACGAGAAGAAGGUGGAAAAGGCGACCGAUCUCGAGCAGUCGCGCAGCCGCCUGUACAAGGGCGAAUCGAUCUUUACCCUGCGGCUGCUGGACGCGAUCAACACGGCCACGCCGAACGAAAACCUCUUCUUCUCACCCUACAGCCUGUACAAUGUGCUGCUGAUGAUGUACUUCGGGGCGCGCGACACGACCGAGAAGCUGCUCCGCACCAGCCUCAACCUGCAGUGGGCCGACAGCAAGACGACCGUGUACGAGGCGUACGAUACCGCCCGGAAGUUGCUGCGGGGUCGGUUCAGCGAAAGCAAUGCCGUCGGCUUCAGCUCGGCCGACAAGCUGUUCUUCGGCCGGCAGAUUCCCGUGUCGACGUGCGUGCAGCAAAAGUUUGCCGACACGAUCGAGCUGCUCGACUACCAGACGCAGCCGGACGAGCAGCGGGCGUACAUUAACCGGUGGGUGGAGAAUGCGACCCGCGGCCAGAUUAAGGAUCUGCUCGAGCCGGGAGCGAUCACGCGCAACACCAAGCUGGCGGUCGCGAAUGCGGCCUACUUUAAGGGCACGUGGCAGACCAAGUUUAAGGCGGCCGAAACGAACAAGGAAAUCUUUUACGUGUCCGCCGACCAGCAGAAGUUCGUCGACAUGAUGCACGUCGAGGGAACGUUCAGCCAUGCUGCCAACGAAAAGCUCGGCUGCCACAUUCUCGAGCUCCCGUACAGUGCUGGCCCCGGCGCAGACAAUGCUGACGAUGGGCCGUACCAGCAGGGCGCCGCCAAUCCGGACAAUCAGGUGUCGAUGUUUGUCUUUCUGCCGCCGGCCGAACCGAACGCACUGUCCAAGCUGCUGAGCCGGUUGGCCGCCGAAACCGACAUCCUGCACGAGGUGGUAAACGAGGGCAUUUCGCGCAAGGUCGACGUGAAGCUGCCCAAGUUCAGCAUCGAGAAGACGGUCGGCAUGAAGCCGGUGCUGGAGCGGAUGGGCCUGGGCCAGCUGUUCGACGAGGGGGCCAACUUUGACGCGUUCACGGACGGCCGCGAACCGAUCCUGUUCGACGAGGUGCUGCAAAAGUCCAAGAUCGAGGUCAACGAGGAAGGUUCGGUGGCUGCGUCCGCUACCGUAGCGUUCUCGUUCCGGUCGUCCCGCCCGGCCGAUCCGGCCAUGUUCCACUGCAACCAUCCGUUCGUUUUCCUCAUCUACGACUACGGCACCCGGUCGGUGCUGUUCAACGGUGUCUACCGCCAGCCGGAGUAAAACCCGGUUGCGAGGUUGAACUACUGUUAGCGAGGAAAACUAUGUUUUUUUCUUAGACUUAUUUAUUUUUUAAAAAGCGGUAAAAGACAGUGCAAACAAGCGAUGGCAGCGGUAGAUCGGAAAGCAGCGGAACCAGCGCCACGAUUGAGGACGAGGACGAUUGAGUCGUCCUUCAUUCCCAAUACUAUUUUUUCUGUUUUACCUUUUUGUUUGACGUCAGAUUGUAAGUGAGUGUGUCGGCUCGAUUAGAUACCUUUCAACGAAACAUGAUCACUUUUUUUGUUUGUAAGAAUAAAACCAACGAAACCGAAGACAUUGACCAGAAA